GGUAAAGAAAAGAGAACCAGGGUUUAACAGACACUUACUAGCCGCAAUCUGGUACACUCACUCUUGGCUGCAGUCCAAUCAAGAUCUCCCUGGAUUCAUUCCAAUCUGACACACUCAAAUCCAGAAAGAUGUCCAGUGACGCUCUCUACUCCACUGUGGACUUUUCUAAAAAGAACCACGGCAAACGAGCAGCUGAUAAAACCAGCGCAGGAAAGGAAGAUGAUGUCACCUAUGCUACAGUGAAGUUUGGAGAAGCUCCGAGUCGCCAGGAACAGCAAGCAGCCUCCAGCAGCACAGCGGGAAAGGAAGAUGAUGUCACCUACGCUGCAGUGAAGUUUGGAGAAGCUCCGAGUCUCCAUCAACAGCAAGCAGCCUCCAGCAGCACAGCGGACCCCACUGCUGGUAAAGCUCCUCCAUACAGAUGGGCUGCAUUGUUCCUGGCAGGGCUGUGCGCUCUCUCAGUGGCUUCCAUUAUAUUCCUCACAGUCUACAUUUCUAACUUCCGGACCAAGAACCUCGAACUCCAAUCCCAGUAUUCGGAACUGGAAAAGAACCUCACCAACAUCUCUGCCACUGUUUCUAACUUCCGGACCAAGAACCUCAAACUCCAAUCCCAGUAUUCGGAACUGGAAAGGAACCUCACCAACAUCUCUGCCACUGUGUUCACACUGGAGAAGAACUACAGCAUCAUCUCAGAGAAAUACUCAGCACUGGACCAGUACUGUCCCGUGACAGACACCUCUUCCAAGGAGCGAGUUUGUGAAGCCUGUCCACAGAACUGGGAUCUGUUCAAUGGCAAGUGUUACUACUUCUCCACUGAUAGAAUGAACUGGACCUCCAGCCGUGAUAACUGCACAUCACUGGGGGGGCACCUGGUGAUUAUAGAGAGUGAUGUAGAGCAGAGAUUCCUAUCGGAUAAGGCUUUGAUCAUCACACAAGGAGCUUACAGGUAUGAAGAGAAAUCCUACUGGAUCGGCCUGACUGACGCUGUUACUGAAGGAACCUGGCUCUGGGUGGACGGCACUCCUCUCAUUGGCAAUGUCCAAGCAAAAUUCUGGGUCACUAGGAGUGAUGGUAAAGAGCCUGAUGACUAUAAUGGAGAGGACCCGUCUGGUGAAGACUGUGCACAACUACAACCAAAGAGGAAUUCCUAUGAGACCUGGUUUGAUUCUUCAUGCAAAAAUCUAUAUAAAAGGAUUUGUGAAACUAAGGCAUUGAUAUUCAGAUGUGUAUCUGGCUCUUCUCAGACAGCACUUGCUAUGGAGAUGGACAGCUAUGAAUCAGAUCAUGAUUAUGAAAACGUGGACAUCAAGCAGCCGCCAAGCAGUAGAGCAGGAGCGCAACAUGGGGAAUCGGCAGCACCUGUGGAUUCUUCUGAUAGACCAGCAGCUUCCUGUGGAUGGGCUGUGUGGCUUCUUAUAGCUCUGAGCUGCCUGCUGCUGGCAGCCAGUUUAGCCCUGGGGGUGCUCUAUUUCAGGCUCAGUGAAAGUCAUUCAGGGCUGCUGGGUGAGAGUAGCAGGCUCAGUGAAAGUCAUUCAGGGCUGCUUGGUGGCUAUAGCAGGCUCAAUGACACGCUCUCUGAACUGCAGAGAAACUACAGCAGGCUCUCUGAAUCUCAUUCACAACUGCAGAGAAACUACGGCAGGGUCCAAGAUGAAAAUUCAGACAUGAAAAAGAAGAAUGCUGCUGUUUGUGUCAAAUCCUCAACCUUGGAUUUACAAUGUCCUCUCAAAGAAGGCUCUUCAAAAGAGCGGGUUUGUAAAGCCUGUCCAGUGAACUGGGUGGAGUCCAAUGGAAAGUGCUACUACUUCUCAACUGAUAAAAUGGACUGGCACUCCAGCCGGGCUAGCUGUGUGUCAAUGGGAGCAGACCUGGUGAUUAUAGAGAGCGAGGAGGAGCAGAGAUUCUUAUUAGAGAAUAUUAAAAGGGAACACCUAUUGGAGCAUUCUAAAAGCGAUGACUACUGGAUUGGCCUGACGGACGCUGUUACUGAAGGAGUCUGGCUCUGGGUGGACGGCACUCCUCUCAAUGACAAGGCAAAAUUCUGGUACGGGAAUGAGCCUGAUGACUGGAAGGGAGGUGUGGACUCGUCUGGGGAGGACUGUGCACAUCUUGCAUACUGGGGAGAUCCCCUAAAGGACUGGCUUGAUGGGUCAUGCUCAAUGAUACAAUAUACUAGGAUCUGUGAAACCAUGGCAGUGAUAAUCCAUAUAUAAAACCAAUGUGGGUCUGUUUCACUUUCUCUCUCAAUUUACAUAUCAAACAAGCUAAAUGCAUCUCACAAGUUACUUACAUUUCUGUUUAUUAAAUAACCAAGUAUUUUUAUGAAAUAUAUAUAUAUAUAUAUACUUUUUUUUAAAGAGCUUUUAUAGAGUUUGUAGAUUCAAUUUUGCCAUGUAGAUAGAUUUUCUUUUCUUUUAAACAUUCCCCCAUUAUUCAGACCCCUUGCUUGUGUCCUUGCUUUCUCACUAAAUAUAUUGCUAUCCCUGAUUAGAUAAUUGCUACAGCAUGUUUAAUCUGAUAUUCAAGAGGGACUCCAGCCACUGACUGGACUGGGAAUGAUCUAGUGGUGAUUGGCUCCCUCUUGUGGCUGGUAGUGGCACGGCUGUAGUAACUGAGACACCAAAUAGUAUUCCUGCUGUAGAGUUCCGGUAUAGUAAGCAAACUUGUUAAAUUUGCAAAUGACACAAAAAUAGGAGGAGUGGCAAACACUGUUGCAGCAGCAAAGGUCAUUCAAAAUGAUCUAGACAGCAUUCAGAACUGGGCAGACACAUGGCAAAUGACAUUUAAUAGAGAAGUGUAAGGUACUGCACGCAGGCAAUAAAAAUGUGCAUUAUAAAUAUCAUAUGGGAGAUACUGAAAUUGAAGAAGGAAUCUAUGAAAAAGACAUAGGAAUUUAUGUUGACUCAGAAAUGUCUUCAUCUAGACAAUAUGGGGAAGCUAUAAAAAAAGGCCAACAAGGUGCUCGGAUAUAUUGUGAAAAGUGUUGAAUUUAAAUCAAGGGAUGUAAUGUUAAAACAUUACAAUGCAUUAGUAAGACCUUACCUAGAAUAUUGUGUUCAGUUCUGGUCACCUCGUUACAAAAAGGAUAUUGCUGCUUUAGAGAGAGUGCAAAGAAGAGUGACCAGAAUUAUCCCGGGUUUAAAAGGCAUGUCAUAUGCAGACAGGCUAAAAUAAUUGAAUUGAUUCAGUCCUGAACAAAGAAGACUACACGGUGAUCUGAUUCAAGCAUUCAAAAUCCUAAAAGGUAUAGACAAUUUCGACCCAGGGGACUUCUUUGACCUGAAAAAAGAAACAGGGACCAGGGGUCACAAAUGGAGAUUAGAUAAAGGGGCAUUCAGAACACAAAAUAGGAGGCACUUUUUUACACAGAGAAUUGUGAGGGUCUGGAACCAACUCCCCAGUAAUGUUGUUGAAGCUGACACGCUGGGAUCCUUCAAGAAGCUGCUUGAUGAGAUUCUGGGAUCAAUAAGCUACUAACAACCAAACG